AGCUAUGGCACGGAACUUCGAUGUUUACGAUUAGAUCGUUUUCGUCGUGAUACUUCUGGUGUCUGUUGGAAUUGGUAUUUACCAUGCCCUGGCAGGCGGUAGACAGAGAACUACCGGAGAGUUCUUGAUGGGAAACAGGAAAAUGAGUCUGAUACCGACGGCCCUGUCCAUCCUUGUCUUGUUCCAGUCCGCCAUAUUGAUUUUAGGUGCCCCGGCUGAGAUGUACACCAAGGGGACCCAGUACUACUUGUACACAUUUGGACAGAUGCUUGCGGUGUUGCUGGCAUCUGUUGUUUACGUUCCGCUGUUCUAUCCACUAAGGUUGACCAGUAUGUACGAGUACCUUGAACUCCGGUUUAACUCUCGAGCUGCUAAACUGACAGGAACUAUCAUCAACACCAUCUCCACAUUAAUAUAUUCAGGACUUGCAUCAUUCGCACCUUCAACGGCCCUUCAAGCGA